GGUGCAGUGUGAAGUUAGAAUUGUUCUGGAAGAGUCACAUUUUGAGUCACGUUUUCCGUUUCGCAUCUCAAAAAACGUGCUCUCACUUUUUUUCUUCAAAAACUGAUAAGAAUUUGUCUUUCGCAAAGUUUAAUUCGUUGAAGCAUAAAAAGAAGGAAAAUGGUGUCUUUAAAUCCGGUGAGGAUCUUGAGGGCUGAGGCCGACCAAGAAAAGGCAGAAAUUGCUCGGAUGAGCAGUUUCAUCGGGGCCAUUGCGGUUGGAGAUUUGGUUAAAUCUACUCUUGGGCCGAAGGGAAUGGACAAGAUUUUGGUAGGAUUGGGAAGAAAUGAAGGAACGAUUGAAGUUACGAAUGAUGGUGCAACGAUCUUGAGGUCAAUCGGAGUGGAUAAUCCGGCAGCCAAGAUUUUAGUGGACAUGUCUAAAAUUCAGGAUGAGGAGGUGGGCGAUGGAACGACGUCCGUUACUGUACUGGCGGCUGAACUUCUUCGCGAGGGGGAAAAAUUAGUGGAUAUGAAGUUGCACCCCCAAACAAUUCUCAAGGGAUGGAGGGCUGCUGCCGUGGUGGCUUUGGAUGCAUUGGAAGCGUCAGCUUCAGACAAUAGUGGUGACCCUGAAAAGUUCAAGGAAGACUUGCUUAACAUUGCAAGAACAACUUUGAGCUCCAAGAUCUUGUCUCAACAUAAGGAGCACUUUACAAAGUUGGCUGUGGAUGCCGUGUUGCGUCUAAAAGGAUCUGGAAAUUUGGAUGCUAUUCAAAUUCUGAAGAAGCAAGGCGGUACUCUGAAAGACUCCUUCUUGGCUGAAGGUUUCAUUUUGGAUAAGAAAAUUGGAGUCAACCAGCCACAUAUGAUUGAAAAUGCUAAAAUCCUAGUCGCUAACACGCCUAUGGACACUGAUAAAAUUAAAGUGUUUGGAUCUCGCGUUAAGGUUGAUUCUACCUCCAAAGUUGCAGAAAUUGAAGCGGCUGAGAAGGAAAAGAUGAAGGACAAGGUUAACAGAAUCUUGAAACAUGACAUCAAUGUUUUUAUCAACCGACAAUUGAUCUACAACUACCCUGAACAAUUGUUUGCGGAUUCUGGAGUAAUGGCAAUUGAGCAUGCAGAUUUUGAUGGGAUCGAGCGACUAGCCUUGGUCACUGGGGGUGAAAUUGUAUCCACUUUUGAUGAUCCAUCCGGCGUUAAACUUGGCACAUGCAAGCUUGUUCAUGAAAUUAUGAUCGGAGAGGAUAAAGUUAUUCACUUUAGCGGUGUCGCUCGUGGAGAAGCAUGCACCGUCGUCAUCCGAGGAGCCACUCAGCAAAUCAUUGACGAGGCUGAACGAUCUCUCCAUGACGCAUUGUGUGUCCUGACUGCGACGGUGAAGGAAACUAGGACCGUGUAUGGUGGAGGCUGUAGUGAGGUUCUCAUGUCCACAGCAGUAUCGAAACUUGCUUCUGAAACCUGUGGGAAAGAAGCUGUUGCCAUUGAAGCAUUUGCGAAAGCUCUUUUGACCCUACCAACUGUAAUAGCUGAUAAUGCUGGAUUCGAUUCUGCUGAACUCGUCAGUCAAUUGAAAGCUCAUCACAGCCGAGGGUUGAAAACUUAUGGGUUGAACAUGGAUCAAGGAGAAGUGGGAUGUGUUGCUGAAUUGGGAAUUACUGAAUCUUUCGCUGUUAAACGCCGCGUUGUGUUUGCUGCUGCUGAAGCCGCCGAAAUGAUUAUGCGAGUCGACAAUAUCAUUCGUGCCGCCCCACGUCAACGACAACCUGAUCGAAGCCGAUGCUAAUUUUAGGAUUUCUAUUAUAUGCAUUUAAUUACAGUUUUUCUACUUACCAAUUUUCAGUAACUAUAUAACUUAAUUCGUUUCUACACAUUGCUACUACACUACAAAUAACAACAAGAACAACAGUGUAUUUUUUCUAUAUAACAGUCAACCGAGAAAGAAGGGCUUGUCUUUGUGAUGCAACUCUCAUCUGUCCUCCUCCCAGUGAUCCCAGUGGUCAAUAAUAAUAAUAAUAGCUCACCGGUUUGUUAAAAAAAGUACUCACUUUUAAUGUAUCUGAAUAAAAAAAAUGCCUUAAACAAUAAAUGCAAACAGUAAUACCA